CUGGUUUUUAACUAUAACUACACAACACAACCAGCUUUCACUUGUUUUGUCAGAACAAGAAGAAGAUAUUAACCAAACAAUGUGCGAGUUUCAGACACACACAUUGUUUCAUCAAUGACUAAUUAUUCAUUCAUACUUUGGUGGAGGAGUUUUUCACUUCACUCUUAAUAGGUUGGAAAUAGAUAGAUAUUGAGUGGUUACUACUGGAUUCAUUCAUAAAAUGAAAUCUGGAUUUAAAAAUGGAUGGCCUUCGAUCGUGCGGUUUCGUCUCAAACACAAAUCAGUGACACCCUUUUGCAUUUUCUCUAAAUUGAAGUCAGAUGGAAACAAACCUGGGAAUACUCCUGUUUAUCUCAAUGUCUAUGAUUUGACCACUGUUAAUGGCUAUAUGUAUUGGGCUGGUGUUGGUAUUUUCCACACUGGACUUGAAGUUUAUGGAGUGGAAUAUGCUUUUGGAGCUCAUGACUAUCCAACAAGUGGUGUGUUUGAGGUUGAACCUAGGCAGUGUCCUGGAUUUAAGUUUCGGAAGUCGAUUUUUGUGGGGACUACUAGCUUAGAUCCGUUCCAGAUUCGAGAGUUCAUGGAGAACAUGUCUGCAAAAUACAAUGGUGAUAGUUAUCACUUGAUUGUCAAGAACUGCAAUCAUUUCUGUGAAGAUAUUAGUUUCAAGCUAACCGGGAAUUCUAUACCGAAAUGGGUCAAUCGUCUUGCAAGAAUAGGUUCCUUUUGCAAUUGCAUACUUCCUGAAGCACUUAAAACUUCUACGGUUCAGCAUGAUUCGAACUUUCAAGAGAGUGAUAGUGAAAAAAAGAGACUACGAACGGCCUUCAGUUGCUUGUCAUCGAUCUCGAUGCCACAAAUGGAAGUACCAAUGUGUUCGUUGUUUCUGCAUUCUCACUAUAAAGGUUGCUUACCGCCGUGGCAGUUAAAGAAAUCUAAAAAAGACUCACUAAAGCAAAAAUGAAAAGAAGGAAUUAUUGUUUUCAGUCAUUCAAUCUUCUCUGUAAGAGCAAAAUUUUCUGUCAAUAGUUAUUUUGAUUCUCCAAGAUGUUUCUAUUUUUUUGUCUAGCUUUUUUCCUUGUAAUCUUUGUCUGAUUCUGAAUUUCUGUAACAUAUAUUGCCGCGGAUGUUGCUUUUAACCAAAGACAUCCCUUCUGGAUUUAUCAUCGUUUACGCGCGAGUGUGUGUGAGUCGCCAGUUUAGGUCUAAAUGACUAUGUAGUUUGCGGUGCUGUGCAGCGACUGCAGAUGAUUGAAACUUGGUCAAGCAUAUACAUAUUUCAUACCAAACAAAUUGCAAGUAGGCCCUGAAUUGUGUGUGGCAGGAACAUUUCCUAGUCAAUUAGAUAGGCACCACUGACCAACACUAAUAAUGUCAUUAUUGUACAGAUCAUUUAUGAAUAACAUUAGUUAACACAUAUGACAGCUCCUACACUUCCAAACCUAUUUGGAUUUCGAAUUUUCGAUGGGGAAAUGAGGCGGCUGCUUACCAAACAAGAAAAAUGAACAAACUUCUGCAGCAAUAAUUGUUAGAAUUAAGGGCCAAGGCAAGGCCUAAUCCUAAAAACAGAAUAAAUUCCAAAACUGAUUUAUCCAACAAAAGGUAUAAUGUUUCAAAAUGAAGUUUUUUUAUCUUAAAUAUUGAUUACUAUGAUAUUUCCGGUGUUUGAUCACAUGAUGCUAACAUGGGAACAAGGAUGCUACUGCUACGUGUUUUAUAUAUACUUUUUUACUUGAAAAUUUGGACUCAGAAUUUCUUCAUUUGCUUGGGUUAAUAAUAAGAUGGUUGAAAGUGAUGUGCAACUCAUUUGCAUUAGACCCACAAAAUUUGACCAUGAUCGUUAGUUGACUAGGAUUUUCAACCAGCAGGUCAUUU